UAGAAAACUCGUUUCGUAUGAUGGCGAUGCACCCACGAUAGUUCAGUUGGAUAAACUUUGAAUGCAAAGAUGAUGCGUCAAACACUUUAAAGUGUGCUCCCUGCAUAUACAUACAGAACGUAAACCAAGCAAUAUUGAUGGCUUUCCGAAAUGCGAUCUGAUUGCUGCAAUGGAACCAGAUUAAACCAUAAUGGAGUUAUCAGGCUGUGAGGUGCGCACCAGCCAGCCAAUGUAAUCAGCUCCAGUACGCGCGGUACGCCGCUCUGGUUCACCCUUCACCGUCAUACAAACUGCUGUGCCGCAAUGGCGGCUCCAAACGGUGCGAUGCCUGUUAAUGAGGGAUUCGCGCUGCCCGAUUGGGAUGAGCUGGAUGAUGCGGAGGGGAGUUCGCUGGACGGCGACGUCCCCGACGAGAGUCCAGACUUGAUAUUCUUGCCAUUUCAAGCCAUUAAAGAAUAUCCAUCUAUCUUGAAUGGUAACACCAUCUUUAUCAAGGAUAAGCCCGUUGAAGUGAAUGUGAUUAAUGUCGAGCGCACCACACAUCCUUGGUUCCAUCCUAACAUUUACGAAAUCGAAAUCCGUCAUGGAGGAUAUUUUUGGACUAUCCGGAGGAGAUAUGCCAGAAUCCAUGCUUUACGCCGGCGAUUGCAGCUGCAUGCUUUAUCCAUGCGUAUAGUCAGGAAGCGGAAUGUUGCACAUCUGAUGUCGGAUUUGAAACCUCGCCUUCCUCGUUUGCCAAAAAGAAUGGAAGUAUUCGUUGGAACAGAGCAGCUGGAAAAUAGGCGUGAGGCCAUUGAAAAAUUUCUUCAGGACUUAUUGAGCGUAUCUAUUUGGCGAGAGCAUCCAGAAACGUUGCGAUUUUUAGAAGUGAGUAGUCUUAGUUUCUUGGGCGAACUGGGCGAAAAAGGAAAGGAAAUGCCACUGAAGAAAUUGAGUGGUCGGAUCAGAGUGCCGUUACCUUGUUGUCGCUACAAUGUUUUCUGUGAUGUGUGUUCCCGUUGGAAAGGGCGAUGGAUACUAGUGAAAGAUACGUAUUAUGCAUACAUGCAUUUGAAGGCCAAUUCCAGUCGCAUUGCUAAUGUGCUGUUGAUUGAUCGUGAUAUGAAGAUCGAGCACGACGCACGGUACAGUGCUUUACAUAAAUCGGUUGUUGUUCGAAACUCCACACGGGAUUUGGUGCUGAAGUUUGCUAGUCAGCGCGACCUGAACGAUUGGCUCAAGUAUUUUGAGUAUGUGAUGUCAACAUCGGCUUCCCAGUUUAUAAAGCCGCAUCCAAACGGAUCCAGCUUCCCAGUCCGGGAUGAUGUGUAUGCUAAAUGGUUUAUCGAUGGAGCACCAUACAUGUCCGCUGUGGCGGAUGCCAUCGAACGCGCACAGGAAGAGAUUUUCAUAACCGACUGGUGGUUAAGUCCGGAAAUUUACAUGAAACGCCCGAUCACGGAAGGGGAACGAUGGCGUCUGGACCGCAUUUUGCAACGCAAAGCGGAGGCCGGAGUGAAGAUUUAUGUACUCCUGUAUAAAGAAGUGCCCAUCGCUCUAGGGAUCAACAGUUUUUACAGCAAAGCUACAUUAACCAAGCGUCAUCCAAAUAUAAAAGUGCAAAGGCAUCCCGAUCAUCUUGGCCAGAAUGUUUGGCUGUGGUCACAUCAUGAGAAGACCGUGAUUAUCGAUCAGAAAAUUGCUUUUCUGGGUGGAAUUGAUUUAUGCUACGGCCGUUGGGAUGAUCAUCUUUAUCGUCUGACAGACGUUGGUCCGGUGGAUGGAGACGUGCCGACGGAAUUCACUAAUCCACCCGUGGCGGGGAAAGAUGCCAUAAGUGGUGUGUUACCAAUGUCGGGCAUGAGUCGACCGCGAGAAGAUGCUGCUCCGGAAGAGGUGGAGCUUAUGAAAAAAGAAGAAGAACGGGAUACGCGAUGGGAUGAUCAGAUUAAAAGCGGUAAAUGGCGGAUGGGUCAACGAUUUAAAGCGCAAAAUGCUUCUGACGAUGCGGAUAAACUGCGUGCGGAUAUACCAUUAAAGGAAGUGGCUGCUAAGAGUGCGCCUCGGCCACAGACACUUGCGUCCGUUGUGGACAAAAUACUAAUAACCCAACCAAAGGACCGCAGUUUUUCCCGGAAAGAUUUUGCGCGUCGGUCGAUUUCGAUGCCGGCGGAAACGAGCCAUAGUGUGAAGGCAACUAGAAUAUCGUCGGAUAACUUGGCACAUGGAAAUGGCUAUGUGGUAAAUUUUGAAGCAAAUACAGUGAAGAUACCCAGUGGAAAUGUAAGACCGGAAAGCCCAAAACUGAGACGACGGACACGAAUGUUACAAAACGCCAUGCGACUUACUCGGAGUAUCUCGCACCGUGGGGACGCCACGGACUCUACUAGAGCACAUGUUGCUGUUGCCGAAGAUACGAAUCCCACAGAAGCAGAUUUGGAUAGACUCAACAUAAAAGUGGCUGGACGUUUGUGGUUGGGAAAAGAUUACCAGAAUGAAGUUCGUAAAGCGUUCGCGCAGGAUGCCGCUUUGAAUCCAUAUGACGAUCAAAUUGAUCGUAAUGAUAUCCCGAGAAUGCCGUGGCGAGAUGUGGGAUGUGUGGUUUAUGAGCAUGCGGCUCGCGAUGUGGCACGACAUUUCAUACAGCGCUGGAAUGCAUGCAAGGUUGAAAAGAAUAGGGACGAUGAGCAGUAUACCUUUUUGCUACCAAAAUCUUAUGAUACUGCCGAUGUGGAUCGAGAGUUGCUCAGGGAUUCGCAUCGAUGUCGUGUACAGCUCUUGCGCAGUGUCUGUUCAUGGUCAGCCGGUCUACAACCAAAUAAAGUAGAAGAUUCCAUUCACCAGGCUUACAUUUCCUGCAUUGAAAAAGCGAAACACUUUAUAUAUAUCGAAAACCAGUUUUUCAUCACGUUAAGUGGCGAUAAUAGAUCGACUGUGACAAAUGGUAUCGGAGAAGCACUGUUUCAACGAAUAAAACGUGCAUUUAUGAUGAAAGAGAACUUUCGUGUAUAUGUGGUGAUGCCUUUAAAACCAGGGAUUGAGGGUGAAUAUGGCACCGAUCGCGGUGCAGCCGUUCAAGCUGUCACGCACUGGAAUUACCAGAGUAUUUGUCGCGGUGGUCAUUCUCUGUUCGAACGCAUGGAAGAGCUAGGAGCGGAUCCUAAAAAUUAUUUAUCAUUUUGUGGAAUGCGAACUUACGGAGAAAUCAAUGGAAAAUUGGUGACUGAGUUGAUCUACGUGCACAGUAAAAUCAUGGUGGUUGAUGAUAUGUACACGAUUAUUGGAUCAGCCAACAUUAAUGAUCGAUCAAUGCUGGGCCUUCGGGAUAGCGAAGUUGCUGUGCUUAUUAAAGACCGUGAAUUCGACGAGAGUGUCAUGGACGGAAAGCCUUUUCCAUCCGGAAAGUUUUCUGGGCGAUUUAGAAGACGGUUGAUGAAAAUUUGUCUGGGAAUUUGGAACGAACCCAAUGCCGAUGCUACCGUUGCGGACGCUAUAUGUGAUAAUUUUUUCCAUAAUGUGUGGAACGCAACAGCUCUGCAUAAUGAACAUAUUUACGAAGAUGUUUUUGCGUGCUUGCCAAGUGACUCGGUGGUGGACUUUGUGAAGCUGGCCGAGUGGGAAAAGAAGGAGCACAUCUGCCAGACUGAUCCGGAUGAAGCGAGGGAACACUUGAAGAAGAUAAAGGGAUACUUGUGCAAGUUGGCCUUACAGUUCCUCAAGGAUCAGAAUCUGACGCCUACGUAUAACACUCGUGAAAGUUAUCUGCCUUCAUACUUUUGGACAUAAGGACGUCAUCGUUUCGCGGCAUCCAUUGUGUUCGUGAUCUUGUAUUUCGUGAUGAUGAUGUCAGAUGCCUUCGACGUUUGCUAAUGUGCUCACUGCGCAUUUGACUUUUACGGUAAUUAUAAGAUCUCAUGCUCUGCAGCUCAUGAGACGAGUGUUCUGCUUCCUGUUUUUAUGCUUUUAUCGUUUCCGGUGUCCGACCGAAGAGCCUUAUCUAAAUGAUCGGUAAUAUGCGCUCAAUCUAGUAUAGGUAUUUACUUGGUAUGGAUAAGUCAAUUGCUCAAAAAGCUUAAACUGAUUGCGAGUGGAUAUUGCUUGCUUCCGUUGUUGUUCAGUAUACCUAUGUACUAUUGGUUUCACGGGUCAUGUUCAUUGUUGAGUAGAAGUAUUAAUUUGUUGCUAGUGCUGCAAAAAAAGUUAA